GGGCCCUCCUCGCCGCCCGCCCGCCCGCCCGCCUCCCGGCCUUCCGGGGCGGAGAAGGAAGAGAGCCGGCCGGGCCCGGGGAAGGUGUCGCUGGCUGGCUGCCUGAUGGUGGCCUUCGGGCGGCUUUGCCUCCAGGGCCAGGAUGGCGGCGGGGCCGGAGAAGCCGCUGGCGCCGGCCUUGCUGGGCUUCUUCAUCUACAACCCGCGUCUGGGGCCCCGGGAAGGCGAGGAAGAAAAGAAGAUUCUUUUUUAUUAUCCAAAUGAAGUAGAGAAAAAUGAGAAAAUUAGAAGUGUCGGAUUAUGCGAAGCUAUUGUCCAGUUUACAAGGACCUUCAGUCCUUUGAAACCUGCUAAGUCUCUGCAUACCCAGAAGAACAGGCAGUUCUUCAAUGAACCUGAAGAAAAUUUCUGGAUGGUUAUGGUUGUACGAAAUCCUGUAAUAGGAAAACAGAAAGAUGGCAAACCGACUGUUGAGUAUCAAGAAGAAGAAUUACUGGACAAGGUAUACAGUUCGGUGUUACAGCAGUGUUAUAACAUGUACAAGCUUUUUAACGGCACUUUCCGGAAAGCCAUGGAAGAUGGAAAUGUUAAAGUUCUAAAAGAGAGAUUAGAAAAAUUCUUCCAUCGGUACUUGCAGACUCUUCAUUUGCAGUCGUGUGACUUGCUGGACGUCUUUUCUGGAAUCAGCUUCUUUCCCCUGGACAAGAUGACUUACUUGAGAAUUCAGUCGUUCAUCAAUAAGAUGGAGGAAAGCCUGAGCAUCGUCAAGUACACGGCCUUUCUCUACAAUGACCAGCUCAUCUGGUAGGGGCCCGGAGCAGACAUGACAGACAUUUUAAACUGAAGGCUACCCGGGGGUUGGGAUG